AUCUUUAAGAUUCUUUUAUCAGAUCAAAUAUGAUAUCAGGCAACUUUUCAGAAUAUCAUACUUGAAUGUUAGUGCUUCACCGUUUGAGUGGGCUAGUAUACAUGGCCAUAUCCAUUUACUGUAGUUUUCUUCCAUUUUAACCAGUCUAUUUUAGUCUGUGGUUUAUUUAAAUAUUAGAAUUUCACUACAUUUUGCAAGCUGUAAGCCUCUUCUUCAAAAAAUCAUUAACAGCAACCCUGUCGUUAUUCAGUAACAUGAGCAAAAGGCGUUUUAGACACGUUUUCCCUCAGUGGAGGUGAUAUAAGCUAAAGGCAUAGCCUUUUAUUUUUUACGUUUUAUUUGUUAGAUAUGUGCACAAGUGUGCACAAGCUCAAAUCUGAUUACGUGCGAAAAUAGGAAGUGAAUUCAGCCUGCUUAUAUUUCUGUGUUAAUGUAACACAACGUCAGGCAUUGGCCGUGCUCGGAUCCUCCACUGUUUCUAUACAUUUACAGGAUUAACCAGGUGUUUUCCGAUGUCAUACACAAAGGUAAGUGCAGGUCGGGUGAACGAAGUGGAAACGAAAGGAAUUGCACAUGGGACUUUCAGGUGUCUGCUUAUCUAUAACCUACAGCAACUAACCUACAGUGGCUUAUGAGAUUACAGGGCUUUGGUUGGAAGGAUGGCAGAUAAUCUAAGCGGUGAAGCAAAUGGAUUGAGUGAAAGUUCUGGAUGUGGUGAGGACUCCAGUAACAAAACACAGAUAAAGAAGAGGAAUAGUAUAAUGAAUGUUUUACGAAAAAGCAUUCGAGUUGGAGAGAUUAAUAAUUUGCCCCUGAGAAACAGUAAGAAAGAGCCAAAUAGCAAAAUGGAGAAAACACAUAUUGGAAAUGACCUUGGGAAUUCCUUUGACUAUCAGGAUCAGUUUCCAACUUCACUUAAAGAAGAGGCUUCAGUGUCAUCAGAGGAGAGAAUGGCAGAGGUCUGGAAGUUUUACACCCUCCCUGAGAUCCCCCCAGAACCUUUAUCAGUAAUGCAGAUUAGCAAUCUCAUUAAAAAUAAUGUCUUGGAUGAGGCCUAUGCCAAUAUACUCUCUUUGCGGCGUGAGGUUCAAUGCGAGCAUGAGGAACUGGGUGAAAAAGCUUCUCAGAAGGAGCUCUUAAAUAAGGAGAAAGACUUGAAGUUCCUCUACAACCACCUAAGAGAUAAACUCGCUGAAAUUGUCCAGCAAUCCUCUGUCCAGCCGUCUUGUAAUGAUCAGCAACUAGUGCGGGUGGCUGCCAUUAUCCUAGAAGAGGAAAAGCAAAAAGGAGACACGGAGGAAACUAGGGGAUGGAGAGAUGUCUGGAGGACAGCAAUACAGAGAGGAGUUAAAGAGAUAAUCAAAGAGAUUCAUCUCGACAACCAUGAACAAAAUGCCUCCUGGUUAUCAGUGCAUUUAGGACAAGUGGGAAAAGUGAUUGUUGAGCAGCUGAAGAAAGUAAAAUCAGAACUAACCAGAUGUUACCCACCAAACUUCAAUGUGUUUGAAAUAUACGUUUCAACCUUUCAAAAAGCUGUGGGAGAACACCUGAAAGGGCUUUUGGAAAAAGUGACAGAAGGAAAAGAUUACUACGCCCUGCUGGAUUUUAUUUUGAAGCGUUACCCAAGUGAGAAGAUUAUAGGAAACAAGUCCUUACAGCCAGAAUUGAAGGAGGAGCUGAAGACUCUUAAUUUAGACAGUCAUUUUCUCGAUCAGAUCAAGAAAGCAUACUGCAAUCGCAUUCAGGCAGAUGUGGAAUUAUCUCUGGACAACAUCAUAAAGCUGGAACAGGAUGAAAUGUGGAAAGACAAAAUUGAACCACAGAUUGAUGAGAACCUUUACCUCUCUCACAUUCACAUGGAUAUCUUGAUGUACAUUAAAGGACCAAUCCAGGCAUCCAGUUUGCUUGAUGAGAAACUGGGGGAAGAAGUGAUGUGCUGCUGCCUUCAUGAGCUACAGGAAUUUCCCAAACGAUUUGAGUCGGCCUUUGUACAAUGGAACAAAACUCUGGAUCCCUCUUUAUGGGCUGAAUAUCACAUAACUUACAUCAACAGUUUUAGAGAUUUCAAAGAGCAAAUUGAGAGCUACAGACAGAAGUGGCCAAGUCAGGUGAAUCAGCUAGACAAGGAAAUAGAUGGAUUGGUUAAUAAACUGAGCCAGGCUCUUAUUGAUUAUUUCAAAACUGACACUAAGCCUCUACUGAAGAUGAUGAUGACAGGAAAGUGGCUGAACUCCGAUGAAGACUUUCAAGAGCUGCAUAAGAAAAUUGAAAGCCUGUCAAAAAAAUGCAAACACAUGAGUCCCCAACAUGCAGAGGAAUUUGUGAGUGAUGUGCAUUACUUUGUGGUGAAGGAGUAUAUAUCUCAGUUGAUGAAGAAUAACUAUUCAUGCAAAAACAGGAAGAAUGAAAAGGCUGCAGCAAAAAUCGGAGAGCAGUGGGGUGAAAUCUGCGAGCUCUUCCAGGAAAUGAAUUCUGUUCAACACUGGCUCUAUCCAGUAGGGUGCCACCUUGAAAAGAUCAUUGGUGAGAUAAAAGAGAGUGAAAUAAAAAAUCACCUACGGCCAAUGGUUGAGGAAUAUCCAGAUUUCAGCCACAAGCAUUUGUCGGCAGUAUUGUAUUUUCGUGGAGUAACAAGGGGCAGGCAGAGACAGAUCCAGCAGAUGCUUUCUAAUCUAAAGCAACAUGCCAGGAAUGCUGGCACUCUACAGCAUGCCCUAUUUAAUGAAAUGGAGGUAUCAGAGAUUACAGAUUGCCUGAUCAAAAUCCCAUUCUGUUCUCCCUGGUAGUUGUAUUUUCUUAAGUCAGAUAGCUAAGUCUAGAGAUGCUCAGGAUUGGAAUUUGCCAAAAAAACAUGAUAUUAGUUGUAUAUAUAAUUUUUUAAAGUAUAUUUUAUAAAUGCAUGUUUAGUGAAAUCAGGCAGCUUUUUAAGAAAAAUGUGCUUUGGGUUGAGCAUACUGCAUACAACAGUGGCAGCUACAGAACCUGAUUUGUAAGGCUUAGUUUACAACAUAUUUACACCUACAGUUACUGUAAAAGUCAGGACACACCUUCUCCUUUAUUGUUUUAUAUACGGUAUAUAUACACACAUGCACACAAACUUUAUAUAUAUAUA